AUGCCGAAAGAAAUCAAAGACCUGAAAACGUUUCUUAGUCUGUGCAAACGCGCAGACGCUACGCGGGUAACCGUGAAACGAAACCGCGCGAAUACCAAGUUUAAGAUCCGGUGCAGUCGGUUCCUUUACACGCUCGUCGUUCAAGACUCGCGGAAAGCAACGAAGCUUGAGCAGUCACUGCCACCAAAACUACAAGUUCAGAAGGUUGAGCGGGGAUCUCGGGCCAAAGCCGCAAAGAAGAGAUAG